GUUUGACUGAGCGCUUCAGUUGUUUGUCAUUUGGGUUUUAUUUUGAGUUUGACAUUCGUGAGAACAAAAAAGUUUCACAGUGAGAAAAUAGUGAAUACCACACAAAUAAUAUUUCCAUAAUGAAAAUUUGCUGAUAACAUUUUGAUUAUAAUUUAAACAUCUCCAGACAGUAAAUCUAUAAUGCAAGUGAUAAGCUUUAAAACAUUACUAAUUGUGCAGGUUUUCUAUGGAAUUCAAGGCUCAAUCAGUUCUCCAUAUCGUAUCUACGAAAUGGUUCCGGAAGGUAUCUGCAAAACCCGACGAAUACCUUUGCUCGAUAACUUCAUAAUUAACUGGGAUCCUAUAACUCUCAGCAAUCCGGAGAUGGGAGCCAUCUUCAGACAAACGUGGAAUUCUUCAUCUUUUAAACGGUUUGCCGAAUGCAAAUUUUAUGUGCAAGCCCCUCCGAAGAUGGGUUUGUAUUUGACCAUCAGCACUGCGAAACUAAGGAAAAAUAGCCGUGGCCAUUGUAUAGACAGCAUUGUGGUCAAGAAAAGUAACGACAAGAAGUACACAUUCUGCGAUGCACUGGAUGACGACGACGAUGAUGACGAGCUGAAAGUGUUUUCCGACGAUCACGGGAAAAUCCGGGUAACGAUAAACUUGGACACAACACUGGCACUGCCAACACUGAAUGAUACGCUUGAAGUGCAGUUAAUUGCUACUGUUAAACGGUCCUGCAACUACUUGGAUGCAUCGCUUGCUCAAUGCGAAGAAGAUGACUACGAUUCCUGCAUUUCGAAAGACUUCUUUGGAGACGGAUAUGUGAACUGCCCUGAGUGUGAAGACGAAAAAAGUUGCUUCAAAGAGUCGCAACAGGUUCAGAUCGUAAAUCCUUCAAAUGUAUUUCUAAGUGCAAUAAUAUCCCUCUUUGCCACUAUGGUUGUGUUUGGAGGUUGCCUCUGGUGCCUCUAUAAAUACCGCAAUUGUAUAGGGAAUUGUAAUAGCAACAGUGCCGGCACGGCACGUACCGAUCAAAACGCGAGAGUAGUAGCAGCUGAGCAAAUGCAAGUUGAGCUUCAGUCUUCCGCCAACGAACUGCAACCUUCGGCACCUCCUAACGAUGAUAAGGAUCUACCACCAACUUACGAAUCAUUGUUCCCGACAAGUCCUUCCGGCAGGACUAAUUGAUUAUUAGUUAAGGUAGCUAACGGAUGAAGAUUGUCAGAAUGAAGCUUUGUGGUACCGAUUGGCUUGUAAUAAUCUUGUUUAAGUUAUGUGAUAAAAAUCGCCAGUAGAGGGGCUGUCGCAAAAUCUUUUUAUAAUUGUAAAUUGGUUAGAUUAAGGCCACGUUCAAUAAUAACGAACAAAAUGUAUAGUAUGCAAUAUAUUUGAUCGGUAAUCUCGUGCAUUUGAUAGCAAACUUUUUAUACUAGUUUUAAGAUCUCGAACGAUUUAACAUUUAGAUCUAUGUGCACAAAUACACAGAUAGAAUCGAUACAUUAAAGUAUACAUGAGUAUUACAAAAGCCAACUAACUGAAAUAAGCACACGGUGGCCGAUUAUUUGAAUGUAGUUAUUUAUUAUUUUGUUGUAAUUUUCCUCAAGUCAAAUCCAAAUAAUAUAGUAGCUAAACUGUCGACUGAUGGAAAAAUGUGGUUUUCUGUGACAUUGGGAGAAUAUGAAAGCUGAUUCAAGUCUCAACUACUUAUGACUGUACAUAAUGAUAUUUUAUGUUGAAAUAAAUGCAUUUGCAAUUGGCAAAGUUUACCAUAUA